UUUCAUCACAUAAUUAAAUUUCAUAGGGUUGAUGAUGCCACUCUGGGCUCAACACACAAAAAGCUCCCCCGCUUUGUGAUUUUUCUCGUCCAUAAAUCAGGUAGCUGGCAUGUCUGAAAAACCAGUCGAGUCUGUAGAAGCGGCCGAAAACCAGCCUGUUCAUUCUGAAGUUAACGAUACUGUCGUUACUGAAGACCAAGAAGACCUUGUAGCUGAGGAAACUUAUCAAUUGACCGUAUGUCUUCCCCGAGAAUCCGGUCAAAUUCAAGUGUUGGCUAGCCCCCGGGAAGCAAUUCAUGACAUCAAACAAUCCAUCAUUGAGUCUCCUGAAACCUGUAUCUACUCUUGUUUCUAUCUGACAUUCAAUGGCCAAAAGUUGAAUGAUUUUGAAGAACUCGGUGACAUUGAGGGUAUCACCACGGAAUCCCAGUUAUAUCUUGUGGAAGACAAAUACACCGAUCGCGACUCCCGCAUUCAUAUCAACCGCUUAAGAGACUUGCUUGCUGGUCCUUAUAAGCCCAAUCCUGGCGAUGCUGGCGUGGAUGGUGGCUUGUCAUUUUUGACAGCUGUCACCGGAAAAAUAGAUGAGGAGAUUGUCCCUGCUGGCGAAAAGAAGGAUGAAGAGCAUGAGCUGUUUUCUGAUGCUCCGGUUGCAGAGACCGCUUUCACCAACUACGACUUUGAUGCCAAAUCCCACCUUUCUCAGUUUGUUCCCACGAGUUUUCAAAGAACAGCUCCGCAAUGUUUGAAGAGUUUUGGAUUGUCUGGAUGGAAUCCCGUCCCACAAUCCCAAAAGCUCAAGGGUGAUUUGCUUUACCUUGUAUUCACCACUCUUGAAAACGAGACAGUCCAUAUUACAUCUAACGUCCGUGGAUUCUUCGUCAACAACUCGUCUAACAACAAGUUCGACCCCACCGUCAAGCGUGCCCCUUCUGCAGAGAAGCUGACUGAAUCUCAUUCACUUAUUACUCUCUUGCAACACGUUUCACCCUUGUUUGCUACCAACUUCGAGAAGCUUCAAAAGUUCAUUACCGAUCAUCACAUGCUUGAAGUUUUGCCUGUCAACACCACUCUUCCAGCCUACCCAUGGGCUGUCAAGAAGACUCCUCACACCUUUGAUUUGACUCGACCCGCAGAGGCUUUCCUCAACUACGGCACUGAUUCUGUCGACUCACUUCGUGACUGGAACGAUGAACUUCAAUCCCACCGUGAACUUCCACGCACCAAUCUUCAAGAACGUGUUUUGCGUGAGCGCCUUAUCAACAAGCUUCAAGCUGAAUUUACAGACGCUGCUGUCAAGGGCGCCAUGGCUGUUGUUGAAGGAACCAUUGUAGCAUUGAAUCCAUUGGAACCCGAAGGCUCGCACAUGUAUGUCUACAACAAUAUCUUUUUCAGCAAAGGAUCAGAUGGCAGAGGUACCUUUGAAAAGUUAGGUGGUGACGAAGCUGCUCAUGUUGCCACUGGCAAGGACUUGGAGGGUGUGCGCAUUUUGAACAAUGCCGAUGUCGAAGGCUUGUGCACUUUGGGCAGUGUUAUUGUGGACUACAAGGGCGUUCGUGUCGUAGCGCAAAGCAUUGUUCCUGGCAUUUUCAGACGCCAAGACGAAACAUCCAUUGUCUACGGUUCCGUGGAUAAUGGCGAGAAGAUAUCCGCAGAUGAGAAGUUCCACGAGUUGCUUGGAGCUGCUGCAAAAGCAUUGCAUCUUGCCGCUCACCCAGUGGUUGACGGUGAAGGUAAUGAGGUUGAGCUAUAUACCUCACUGGAAACUAAGGGUCUUCUUGGUGCUGAUGGACGACGGUAUAUUUUGGAUUUGUACCGGUUGAAUCCAGUCGACAUUGAAUUCCAAGAAAACGAAGCUACCGAGACAUCUGAUGCUGACAACAAGCUACCCGUGUAUCCUCAUAAGAUGACCCUUCUUCGACCUGAACUGAUGGCUUUGUAUUGGGAGCAAAAGUUGCGUGAAUGGGUCAAGGAGAAGACUGGCAAAACCGACGAUACCAAGGAUGCCGAACAGCAGGCAACUACACCUGAGUCAGAGGAAGGAAAGGAGCAGACUAAAAAGGAACAAAAUGGCAAUGCCGCCGAGAACUCUGAAGAAGAAGUUAAGAUUGAUGUUAAUGACUUCAAGCUCUCGUUCAACCCCGAUGCAUUCACUGGUGUCAAGACCAAAGAAGGAGAACAUGAAGAGUCAAUUCGUGAGCAUGAGAACAAUGUUCGCGAUGCCUCCAAGUUUUUGGCCGAAAGUGUCAUUCCUAGCCUUGUCCUUGACUUCUCUUCAUACGUCGUUUCACCUUUGGAUGGUGACGCUCUCACCAAGGCCAUGCACCAACGUGGUAUCAAUAUGCGAUACCUUGGCAAAAUCGUUCAAUUGGUUGAGAUAUCAAAGGAUAAUCGCUUGGAUCACGUCAAGGUUAUUGCCAUCCAGGAAAUGGUAACCCGUGCCAGCAAGCGUAUCCUUCGUAACCUAUUGACAUCAUGCGCCAUUACUGAUAUUUCAGCAUGUAUCUCACAUUUCUUGAACUGUCUGUUUGGAGCCAAAUUCAACCCCAAACCUGAGGCUGAAGUGUUUGCCGGAUCAUCUGCCACCUAUGCUGAUCUCACCCCAUCUUCUCUUCGCCAACAAAUUCAAUCAGAGGUCCAGAAGAGAUUCCGUUACAAUCUUCCUGAUGAUUUUGUAGACAAUCUCAAGACCGUUCCAGCUCUUCGUGAAAUUUGUCUUCGUGUAGGUAUUCAAUUGGAGGCCAAGGACUACCACUUUGAGGCAUACAGUGAAGAGCAGCUCGCUCAAUUUUCAGCUGAAGAUGCUGCCUUUGAAAAGGCACAGGCACAAGCCGCAGCAAAGGCGAACAAGCAUAAGAAGGGCGAAAAGAAGGCCACCAAGUUUGACAAGAUCAUUCGCCAAACUACCGUCUUUGUCCCUGAUGAUAUCCUUAACCUCAAGCCUACUGUCAAGCAAGCUAAUACUCGCAGUGUUUUUGCAGAAGAGGCUUUUGAGGCUGGUAAGAUGAGCAUUUCGCAAGGACACCGUCAGCUCGGCUUGGAACUUUUGUUGGAAUCUCUAGCUCUCCAUGAGCAAACUUAUGGUUUCUUGCAUCCUGAGACAAGCAAGUGCUAUGCAGCUCUUGCCAUGAUCUAUUACCAUGGAGAAGAUUCAGAAGCGGCCUUGGAUUUCCAACGUAAGGCUGUCAUUGCUUCGGAAAGAACCUGCGGUGUUGAUCAUCCCGAAACUUUGCACACCUAUCUUAACCUUGGUUUAUUCGAGCACUCUGCUGGCCGAACCAAGCUGGCACUGCGAUACUUGCGUCAUGCUUUGUAUUACUGGCAUCUCAUUUUCGGUGCUGGUCAUCCAGAUUCUGCUACAGCCGAUAACAACAUUGGUGUUAUGCUCCAAUCUUUGCGUGACUACCCUACUUCUGCGAAAUGCUUUGAACGUGCUUGCAAGACUCAAGAAGUCAUUCUGGGCAAAGACCACGUCCUUACUGGAACCGGCUAUCAUGUUCUUGCCAAAGCAUUUACCCUACAAGGAGAAUUUGAGAAGGCUUUGAAUGCUGAGCGUGUUGCCCAUGAAGUUUUCACAGCCAAGCUGGGUGAGGAGGAUCCCCGCACAAAAGAGAGUGAUUUGUGGCUUAAAGAGUUGACGUCCAAUGCCCUCUUUACUGCUAAGCAGGCUGAAGUCGAGCAGGCCAAGCUCGCACAAAAGGCUAGUGAAAGUGGUGCCAAGAUUCAACAAACAAAGUCAAAUGCUGUACCUAGAGGUGAACUUCCCAUAGAUCAACUUGUUCAAUAUAUCAAUGAAGAAUCUGGCAAGGCAAGCGCAAAGAAGUCGAAAGGAAAGAGGCGCCAGUAAAUCACACAACAAAGAAAAUGGAACAAUAUAGAUUUCUUCUUUUUUUUUUCCUUAUCACAUCAUCGUUCUUUACAAUUUCUCGCUUUCAUUCUCAAUCCUGUCCUUAUGUAAUCAAUGCAAAAAGUUCAUAGACCAUAAAGCACGCCAGUGUUUUUUACAAGCAUCCAAUGUUG